AUGACUAACAACAAGAGACACGGCGAUGCUGCCUCUCAACUCGAGGCAAAGGGUGUGGGUGAGACAUUCGACUUGGACGAUACGGUUUUGCGUGCUCAAGGACACGAGGUGCAGCUUGAGCGAUCAUUCUCAUGGAUGGGUGCUCUUGGGCUUGCUUUCAGCAUUGUCAAUUCGUGGUUGACCUAUGCUUCAUGCUUUGGAGUGGCAUAUAGCUAUGGGGGAGGGCUGGUGGCCAUUUUCAGCCCGAUACUCUCAGCGCUGGUUCAAUGGGUCAUGCUCAUGGGAGUUGCUGAGCUUUCCUCUGCAUUUCCCUCAUCUGGAGGACAAUAUCAUUUCACGUACAUCGUUGCUCCGGAUGGUUAUAAGGCAUUCUCAGCUUAUCUCGUUGGGACAAUCAAUGUCAUUGCUUGGUGGGUAAAUACCGCUUCAGGCACCAUAUACACAGCCAUAUCUGCCUUCGGGAUAUGUGAGUUCUUAGUUGCUGGGUUUGUAGGAACCCAGUGGCAGGUGUAUCUGUGUUAUCUGCUUGUCAUUAUUCUCACUUUACUUCCGAUUGCCAUCAUUCCCCAACAACGUAUCGAGAAUAUGACAAAAACUGCAAUGUUACUUUCGAUAAUAGGGUUUGUGUUAGUGGUGAUUGUCUGUCUCGUCAUGGGCAAAGGAACCUACCAUCCCAGCGCUCUAGUUGAGUACCGAUCAACAAGUGGCUGGGGACCCGGGGUAGGCUGGCUGCUUGGGAUUGGAAAUGGAGAGUACGCAUUCGCGGCUGCUGGAGCAUGUGUGCAUAUUGCGGAGGAAAUUCCAAGCCCCGCUCGCAGAAUACCGCUCGUGAUUAACUUGACCAUUAUACUGGGUGUCCUUACCCUCGUGCCUUGGAUUAUUGCCAUGACGUCGGUCAUUCAAGAUAUGGACGCAGUGCAGAGCGCCUUCCUUCCAAGUCUUGAGUUAUUUUACCAAGCCACAGGCAGCAAAGCUGCAGCCGCUUCCCUCCAGACCUAUUUAACAAUCCUAUAUUACACUUGUGUUCCCAGUCAAUGGAUUACCAGUAGUCGAAUGACAUGGGCUUUCUCCCGCGACAAUGGUCUACCUUUCUCUGACUAUUGGUCAGAAAUUGACUCAAAACGCAACAUUCCCGUUCGAGCCACUCUCCUUUCCGCUGCAUUUUGUGUCAUUUACGGGUUGCUCUACAUUGCCAGCACGCAGGCCUUCAAUUCCAUCAUUAAUACCGCCGUUCUGAUGCUCAAUAUUACGUAUACUGUGCCCCAGGCUCUAUUAGCCAUCCGAGGAAGGGACAUGCUUCCACCUCGUUACUUUGACCUGGGCAAAUAUGGGUAUUCUGUGCAUAUAUUUUCGGUACUAUGGCUCAUUCUGAGCGGUGUACUCUUUUGCUUCCCAACAACCAACCCUCCAACUUUGGCUAACAUGAAUUACAAUGCUGCAGUCAUUUUGGGAAUAUUCGUCGUAGUGCUCGUUUGUUGGGUGGAGCGGCGGAAGAAGUUUUGUGGCCCCGCCAUUGACUGGGAUCUCCUCAACAUGGCUCAAACAGUUGCUCAUUAG